AGCACUGUCAGUGGCUGAGUAGGCGAAUGGUAUGGAUUUUGCCCCUGUCUAAGCCGAAUACCGCUCCCCAAAGUCCGAACGUGUGUCUGUGUACAGUGAAAAGUGUGCAAACCUUGUGUAAAGUGAGUUAGGCCGUUGAAGAGUUGGUAGGCUUCAUGGAAUAAACCCAUCAAUUUAUAAUACAAUUUAGGUAUCUAAAUUAUCCUUAACCUGAGCAGUAAUACAAGGAACCAUUUAGAUCAAAAGAUAUCAAAUAUAAUAGUGAAAAUAACCUGAAAGUGUGUAGAACUCUAUUGACUAAUACAGUAAAUAAUAAAAUAUUUAAAUCACUGACAUUGUUGGGAACACUAUACAGAUUGUGUCUUGAUACUAGAUAUAACAGAAAACAUAAGAAACGUUACUACAACAAAAAUAGAUAAUAAAUAAUUAAACCAAAAUAUAAACAAUUAAACCAAAAUACAGUUCGUGACAGUUUGAGUGGAAAGUGUACUGUGCAUUCUGAACUGAAGAAGAAGAAUACAACUCUCAACAAUGGUGAUCUGAAUGAAAUGACCUUGUGUGACCUUGGAAUCAGCUGAUCGUCUUUCAAGAUGGGAUGCAUCCAGUCUUACUUCAAACGUGCCCACAAUGCCGGCCUGUCGCCUUCUAGCACGCAGGACUCCAACAACAGCAAAACAGGCGCACAAGAUGGCGGCUCCACAGUCGAAAAGGACAAACUGUCUACCGACUGUGCGUCGACCGGGAAACUGUCGGCAGACUUCACGUCGACAGGCGACAGAGCACCCGAAGAGCCACAGAGCAACGACACCAGCUACGGAGUGGAGGCGACCGCUGUGCGAACUCUAGCGGCGAGUACUGGAACUGUCGCCAUUCUGGGGACUACCGCCAAGACGCCGCAAAGCCGACGCGAGAGUCGAGUCAGCAAUAUUGAGCAGGUCAACGAUGAGGGGAAUAAUAGAGUGGCCGAGACCAACGCCGACAGCAUCGAUGUUGAGAUAAAAGACGACAAACCUGAUACAAAAAAAGAGGUACCUAGUUCGGUUGUGAAGGAGGUGACUGAAAUCAAACCUAGUUCACUUGUAGAUAAAUUGGAGGAGGUGGCUAGCGCGGUAGACAAGAUUGAAUCGGUUGUACAUAAAGGUAAAACUACUGUCAACAAGGUUGAAACAAUUGUUAGUAGCUCUACAAGAACAGAGAGCUCGGUAACAACCAAAGAAGAAAAGGUUGUUGUAGUUGAUGUAGAGACAACCAAGGUUGUUGAAGAUGUACCCACAAAAGAAGUGAAUGUUGUUGAGAAAGAUUCAACAAAGCAGACUACAACAGCACUUGUAGAGGAUGUAAAACUGGACGCAGAUUCCAGCAGUGUGGCAGAAUCACCGUUGGAAGAUGCUGGAUUUUCUGAGAAUAACUUUGCAAGCGAAGGGGAGGAGAAUGAGGACGAUAGGCCAACAACAGUUUUGGAGAUUGAGAAAGCGCAGAGCGGUGCCGAAAUGCGGAGCUCGCUGUCUGAGAACAGUGAAAAUGAGGAUACAAAAGGCAUUGAUGAUGAGAUAUCCAGUGAACAGUUGAAAACUAACAGUUUGUCGGAUACCACUUUGUCGGAGUCAUACAAUGCUGGACUGGAUAGUGUUAAACAGUCGGAUAAUGAGGGUGCUACACCAGUCGUCGAGAAUGCUGAGGUUAAGGUUGAGGAUGAGGGUGAACCAACUGAUAAAAAUGGAGUAGCGGAGAAUGAUUUGAAGAGAAAUGGUAAGCCAGAAAUAGAGGGAAAACCAGUUGUUGAAGAAGUUGCUGUUCUGAAGAGGGAGGUAAGUAGAACUGAGAGUGAGACACCGGAUACUAAGAAGGAAGUUGAAGAAGAGCCAAUCAUCAAAACUGUAGCAACAAAAGUGGAGAGUGCUCCAUCCAACAGGAAUUCAGGUGUUGAUCAGGUGUUGAGCACAGUAGACCUUAAAGAAGUAGCGAAUAAGGUUGAGAAUGGGUUGAUGAAUGGAGUAGCAGAAAAUGGAGAGGUUGAUAGUAAUGGAGUGAUCGAUGACAAAAUGUCGGCUGCAGCCACAACAAUUCAAGCUACCUUCAGAGGUUACCAAACUAGACAACAGAACAAAGAUAAGGUUAAUGAAAAUCUAGAACCCGACAGUUUGCCCCAGGAUAUCACCAGCAACGAUGUUGAAGUCAAAGUGAUGCAGAUAACUGAGAUAGUCGACGAAGAAACAGAGAAAAAGUUGGAGAGUAUAAUCGCAUCCAAAGAAGGUCUCAUUGAGAAAGUGGAUGAUAAGUUGGACGCGGCAGCCACUGCUAUACAGGCGACGUUCAGAGGAUAUCAGACGAGACAGAAUAUUAAGAAAACGGAUGAGAAGGAGGGAGAGGAAGUUAUGGAUAAGACAAUAAAGGUUGAUGGAGAGGAGUCGAAAAAGGUUGAAGAAGUUAGUAAUAAAGUGGUGGGAGAAGAUCUAGUUGUGGAAACUAAAUCAGAUGGAGUUAGUCAGGAGAAAGUGGAACCAGUGGAUGAAACAAAACCUAAUAGUCACAAAGUAGAGGAAUUAGUAGAGGAUACGGUAGCAAAUAAAAUAGAAGAAUCAGUAGAAACGAAAUCUAGCAGGGAAGAAAAGUUAAUCGACAAAACGGAAGCGAAUAAACUAGGAGAAUCUGUAGACAACACAAAAUUUAGCAAAGAAGAAAAGUCAAUUGACAAAACGGAAACAAAUAAAGUAGAAGAAUCAGUAGAGGAAACAAAAUCUGACAAAGAAGAAAAGUCGAUCGACAAAACGGAAACAAGUAAAGUAGAAGAAUAUGUGGACAAAACAAAAUCUAGCAAAGAAGAAAUAUCAGUAGACGAAGCUGAAACAAAUAAAGUAGAAGAAUCAGUAGACAAAACAGAAUCCAGCAAAGAGGACAAAUCUGUAGACAAAACAGAAACGAAUGAAAAAGGAAAAUCAGUUGGCAAUACAAUACCUGACGAAGCUAUUUGUAACAAAGUGGAGGGAACAAAACCUGAAGUGGCUAGUAACAUACAAGAGGUGAAACCAGUAGCACAAAAUCAAUCAGUUAUUGAAGCUCAAGUAGACAAAGUACCUGAAAGUGAAGAACCAGCUAAAAGCGUUUCACCAAAAGUUGAAACAGUUCUGAAAGCUUCUCAGGAGAGCAGCGAUGGAAGUUCGUUUGACUCUGUACAGAAUGGAUCUUUGGAUCCUGUCACAUGUGUGAGGAUACAAGAUAAGAAAUCUGGCGUGUUGGAAAAAGAUGGAUCUACUGAGAAAGUAGGGGUAGAAGUUAAGGGUGUAGAAAAUAGCAGCAUAAAAGAUGAAGAGAAUAAAGAAUCGUUAGCGGCUACCACAAUACAGGCAAAUUUCAGAGGAUAUCAGGCGAGGCAAAAUCUGCAGAAGAAGGAGGAAGUGAUAAAGAGUGAGGAAGUAGGAGAGGAAGAGGAUGAUAAAGUUUUGACAGCAGCUACUAAAAUCCAAGCCGGUUUCAGAGGUUAUCAGACCAGAAAAAAGCUGAAGGAAGACGAAGACGACACAGUCGUAAUAGAAGCGCUAACUUCAAGAACUCCGGAACUGGUUGAGAGUGUGAGGGAGGAAGUGGACGAAAUUUGCAAGCGAGCUGUGGAGACGACAGAGAACUUGAUCAGCCAAGGGUUGCACAAGUUCCACAAGAGUAGGAGUGUUGAGGAGGAAGAGGUGGGAGGAGGAGGUGAUGAAGGACAGGAGAAUGGAGGAAUCGUGGAUGAGAGCGAAGUGGUGGACGUGGCAAAGCAGACGAUAGAAGCGGUGUUGGAAAAGGCGGAGAAAAUCGCAGAUGAGAAACUGAAUUCGGCUGCUACAACCAUACAGGCUUCAUUCCGUGGAUUCCAGGCCCGUCAGAAUCUUGAGAAGAACACAGAUGUUGAUGGUCUCCCGGACUUCCCGCCAUCGACCGAGGACGAGGAUUACACCCCGGUUCCGGAUGACGACGACCUCCCCCUGCCAGACCUUGAGGCACUGGAGUCUUCCUACUCGGACGAGCUCGCCACAGAGCCUCUCAUGCCCCCUCCCCCCCUAGCUGCCACCAACCCCCCAACCACCCCCCUGCAGAACCUCACCAUACCUGAGACCGAGGAAGUGAGCGAAGCUAGCACCGAGGUUGGAACCAUUGAAGAGGACCUGAAAUCGUUGCAACGGCCUCAGGAGUGUGAUGAACUGGAUCGCCUGGAGCGAGAGAGAGACUCCACCGACGGAGAGUCGUCUCUCUCUAGUGCGGCCACUAAGAUCCAGGCUGGAGUCCGCGGGUACCUCACUAGAAAACAUAUCAAUCCUAACCAGGCAGGUACAACGUCCACAUCAGGACCCUCAGCGGCGCUAAGCAGCGAUCGGUCGCUGGGCGACUUCAGCUUGAGCCGUGAUGAGGAGGAUGGCCCCGUGAGGAGUAUGAUCUCCACUGAGGAGGAGACCGAGAUCGGCCGACACGGCGCCUCCUCUCCUCCUCAGGCGAAGCGCGGCGCAAUGAAGAAGCGCAUGUCACUGGAUAGCCGCAUCGCUGGAGGACAGGCUCCAGCCAACUUCUCCAGAACUUCACGGGCCAUGUCUGUGUCAGCGGUCAGGGAAGAUGCCAACAAUGACGAGGUCUGGCAGAUACUGCAGACAGAGCUGUCGUCGGCUGCCACCUUGAUACAGUCCAACUUCAGAGGCUACCAGGCGCGCAAACAGCUGCGAAGAGGUGACGCCGUUCAGAUGCCCACUACCAGCUGCAGCAGUACACCUGGUAGCAACAGUCAGGACUCCAGUCGCAUAGGAGGUCUCAUCACUGAGCGGUCAUCUGGAGAGUACCACGAUAUGAUCGCGCUCACACCGCCUAACAUUCCUAAUAUCGGGGAGGAGGAGGAGGAGGAAGAAGAGGAGGAGGGAAAGAAGACGGCCAGCACAACGGAGAAAUCUCGAAGCAGCGUCAGUCGAGAUGAGGACAGAAUGGUGAAAAGGAGACAGGACGAAGGAGCACAAAAGGAAGAAGCUACCGAAGAGGAGGAAGCAGCAGCUAAGAUACAGGCCGGUUUCCGAGGAUACAAAGUGCGACGCAACAUGAACGCGCAGGAUGUGGCUGCAACAAGUGCCUCGCCCAAAAGCUGUGCAACAAGUAAUAGUGAUGCAGCCAGCAACAACAAUCAUAGCAGUGCUGAAAUUGAAGCCGCCACCAAGAUUCAGGCCGGAUUUCGUGGUUUCAAAACUCGCCAAGAACUCAAGUCGUCGACAAAAACAGCCACUGCAACAGACAGCAAGUAAGUCGAACUCAGACUGAAUAAAAUCAACGUACUACUUGACAUAACUCUUCUAUAUUACACACAAAAGUAUUAUCAGUUCUAUUACCGAACUUCUGAAAUUCACCAUGAUUUUAUUAGAAUCAUCAUACUUUCACCAACGUUCCACGUUCAUAGUCAGUGAUCUGAUUAUUAAAAUUCAAACAAAGCACUUUACGUUGUUAAGUCUCAAAUUCACCUUGAAUAAAUGACAAUAAAUUAUCAAAUAUUCAUUCACUUGUCAACAAGUGAUAAAUAGGCAUGAAUUUAUUGGAAUUAGGUACCAUACUUUCAUCAACAUGGAACCAUAGUCGGUGAUCUUAUUAUCAAAAUUUAAACAAAACACUUCACGUUUUCAAGUCUUAAAUUCACCCUGAAUUAAUCAGAAUUAUUAAAUCUUCAUUCACUUUUUCACCUACAAUAACCGGCAUGAAUUUAUUGGAAUUAUCAUACUCUCUUCAACAUGAAAUCAUAGUCGGUAAUCUGAUUUUCAAAACUUAAAGGAAAAACCUUUAUGUUUUCAAGUCUCAAAUUCACCUUGAAUAGAUGACAAUAGAUGAUCAAAUCUUCAUUCACUUGUCAACAAGUGAUAAUAGGCAUGAAUUUAUUGAAAUUAUCAUAUUUUCAUCAACGUGGAACCAUUGUGAUCUGAUUAUCAAAAUUUAAACAAAACACUUUAAGUUUUCAAGUCUUAAAUCUUGAAUUGAUUAGAACUAUGAAAUCUUCAUUCACUUGUAAACCCAUAAUAAUUGCGUUGAUUAAAUUGACAAUAUUGUUAUAGAAAGAAAUGUAAUAUAUCAAGGUGUUAACGUCUGAAACUCACUGUUCAAUCAUAUUACUCUUGAAUUUGAAAUAGAAAUAAAUGUAAUCAAGGUUUUAACGUCUGAAACUCACUGUUCAAUCAUAUAACUCUUGAAUUUGAAUCGGUGAUCUGUUCUCCAAAAUACUUUUUGACACUCUACAUACAUCAGAAAAAUAUUUCUGGCAAUAGUCAAGGAAAUUACCCUCUGAAUUUGAAAUUUAAACCCCCACAUUUGAUCACCUACAAGUUUAUUGAUGAUAUUAGGUAAUCUUUAAGAACUUUACAAAUAAAUUUGAGACCCAAAUUCAAAAGUGCUGUUCUGAUUUUCAAAACACUUUCUCUGAACUCGAAGUACGUCAGAGAGGUAAUGCUGGCAAAAGUUGAAAAAAUAGCUCGAUUACCUGAUUUCUAAAAUUAUCUUUUUGAAUUUGUCUUGCUGUGAUCAAGCAGAUUGCAAAUCGGAUUUAGUGUUUUGCGUUUCAACCUCAUAUCAUAUUAAAUCAAAACAUGAGAUCUGAUAAGCAUGUCUAAAACUUAAGAACAAACCUUGAAGAAAUAAACGUUCAAACUUUUCAUAACUUUGAACCUCAUCAUAUUAAAUCAAAACAUGAGAUCAGAUAAACAUGUCUUAAACUUGAGAACAAACCUUGAUGAAAUAAACGUUCAAACUUGUCACAUUAAUUUUAGAUUUAAAACCGGUGCUCUGCUUCUAGAAACUGCUCUUUGUAUAUAUUUUGAAUCAAAAUAUGAUUCUUUGACUUUGCAAUAAUUAAGUUACUCAAUUUUAGUUGUAGGUAUUUUCUUCAUAAAUGUGUAGUAGCGGAGGUGAUAUUGUAGUGGAUAAGACUUGAAUGCUUUUACAACGAAAAGUUCAUCACAGAAAGAUUAAUAAAUACAUAAAUGAAUUAAUUAAAUUUGAUUGUUUUCAUUCUCAUAGUAGGGAAGACGUGAACAGAAUAUGAAACAAAUGUUUCUGUACCGGUACAGAAGAUUCAUUGAUAAAUUCAUUCAUAUUUAUUGUUUUAGUGAAAGACAAGAUGGAAAUACUAGUUUUGAUUGUUGAGCCUGCUACUGUACGCCAUCAUAUGCAAAAUAUGAAAAAUGAACUAUUUUUUCGAAAUAGAGCAUUCAAGUCUUCUUCUUCAUUAGUUUUAAUAAAAUAGAGAUGUUAAAUGUAUGGAAUGAAUGUGUGUAGAACUGUAUAAAAUCUAGUCAUUAUAUUGGUAUGUUGUGGAUAUCAUAUUCAACUGUUUAAAACAUAAUUAUUUCAACCACCUUGUUGAUAAUAAACUAGUGAAUGAUUAACCAAUAUCUUCAGGUAAUUGAAAUACAGUUACUAUAUAGAUACUUUGAUAUAGUGUAACUGUAACUUGGAGGUAUAGACAUCAAAGAUAGUUAGAUAUUAAAAAACCCCUCUGAUGCAAACUUGUUGAAACCUCCAAUAUGAGAAUAGUUUCUCAGUAAUGUAGGUUAGUUAAUCAUUUUACUGUAAAUUAUCAAUGUUAAAAAAUUGUGUUAUUCAACAAACCUUGUCAAUGGUUGAGUUCUUCUACUACUAGUGAAGACUUUAUUGUAAAAAAUUAUGAUAAAUAUUAUAAAUUUUGUGCUACUCAGUAAACCUGGUCAAUGAUCAAAUUUUCUUAAACAACUUGUGAAGAGAUUAUUGUGAAAAAGUUAUGAUGUCAAUAUGGAAGUGUAGAUAGAUAUUUUGUAACAAUGCAUGGAUGAAUUGAAUAAUAUAUACUCUUGAACAAAUUGUGUAUAGUAGGUACCGUACCUCAAAAGUAUAACAGGGACCUAAUAUUGUUGUGAAUUGUUGAAGAAUAUUGUAGAUAGUUGGAUGGUGUUAGAUGGAAACAUUUUUCUAGAUACAUUUUUAUGUUGACAUGAAUCUAUUCCUGAUAAAGCUUGUAACAUGAAUACUAAUCGAAAAAUAGAUUGAGAAAUGUUUCCAUAAACGUGGAAGCUGAAACUUUUUUCAGUCAGGCCUAUAUACACGAUAUAACUUAUACAUUGUGUGUUAUAAGUUUAGCAAUAUUUUAUAUGGUUCUAUAAAGCAUUACAAUAUUUAGUGUUGAAUAAAAAUAAAUUAAUCAUCAGCUGCUGGUUUUGGAUUCAAAACUCCAUUGUCUCACCCCUUUGUUUCAAACUCCUCAAUUUUCGAUUUCUAUAAAUUUUUAUUACUUGUUUAGAGUUCAAAAUAAAAUGAAAGUUUCUACAAAUUAAAAUUACAUAACACGUAUAUAAUGGAAUAAUUUUUGAUGAAUUGAUUAUUUUUUCGAGUGACUCAUAAUGAGUAUUGGAUAACAUUGGUGAAUAUAUGGAAAAGCUUUCAGAAUCAUUCUUUUCUACUCCAGUCAUUAAUGAUAUUUCUAAUACAAGAGAUGCUCUCAAACUUCAAACAUCAAAUUCUAUUGAAUCAGGAUUUAUUUAUUUCAUUCUACAAGCACAGUAUCAAAUUAAUAAUUGGGAGAGAAUCAACAGGAUAAACCCAAAACUGAUACUCUCCCUAAUUUUAAUUUAAUUGUAAUUUAAGAUUGAAUAGCGAAGGUAGACUUGAUAAACUCUGUCUAGCCCAGUAAAACUUAAAAAGAUGUGGGCCUACUUUAUUAGUUUGUUCUUAUAAAAUUUCUAUAAUACAAUAUGAUAUACGGUACUAUGAUUUGCCAAAUACGUUUACACGGCUUGCCUAUAUUAUCAGCUCUCUUUAUACAAUCCAGAACCAAAAUAACCCAAAUUGAAUAAAUUAUUAAAAACUGCAAGCUUUAUGAACCACUCAUUACUUAUUGCUGAUUGGACAAAAAUAAAGGAUGGAAAAUUUAUUACAAAUAAAAUGACAAUGACCUUAGCGCAGCUUGCUGUUUCAGUUUUUUGUUUGUGUCAUUUGGCAUUUGGCCAAACGUUCCAAUUAAAAAAUCUUCCAAACCGAUUAAAUUUCUCUGGCAUUCUGACAGUCUAGUAGUCGACAAUUACACACACAGAAUCAACUUUAACCAUCCUUUGAAUGAGCUACCAGGUUUUCUUUUGUUUUUGUCAAUAAAAAGUCCUUUGUUGACAGUUCCAAGUCUUUACAACAAAGAGAUACAAUCCCGUUGAGUAUAAACAUGGUUCAAGAAACACAACUUUUAUCUUGAUUUGAAAUAUUCUUUUCAUUCAAAGUAACAUUUUUCUUUUCAUUUCAUUUCAAUUUCUUUUCAGGUAACACAACUUGUAUCUUGAUUUGAAAUAUUCUCUCCACUUCAUUGUAUAUUUACUAACAAUGAAUAUUAUUCAGGUUUGAAUUAACAGUAAACUGUAGAAUAUUUUUUUAAGAAUGGAUGUGUUGCUCUGAAUCUCAUUCUACUGUUAUUUAGACUCAGAGUAAGUAGUUUUAGAAGAAGUCAAGUUUUUUCUUGGAAAUUAUAAAACUAAAAACAGUUGAUAAUUAUUAUUAAACGAAAAUCCCAAUCAAAUGCUGUAAAUCACCCCGAAAACUUCUGCUAAUGCAAAUAAUGACAACAAGUUAUACAUCUAGCUGUUUACCUAGUUGUCAAUAUUUUGCAGUAGGAGAAGUCUUCGUGGUGACUACAGCAUUCAGUUUGAAUUUUCUUUUAAUAAUAAUUAUUUAUUAAUUAGCAUUUAAUCAAAUACAACUUCCAAUCUAUUUCCAUCUAAAAACAAUUAAAUUUCUGGUUUGAACAUUUCAUUGAACCAAUACUUCAUUUCCUUCUGGAGAAAACUACCAGAUUGAAGAAGUCUUAUUGAAAAUUUAAUAUUUCUAACUAUCAUAAAUAUCUUAAUGAUUCAUGUUAUAAAUAAUUUGUUGUAUUAAUACUAAGCCCUACAAAGUGUAUUUUCUUCCAAUGAAUGAGUAGGCUAUAAGCUUAUAUUUUUGAGAAAGUAUUGUAUUUUUUUUCUUUUAUGAAUGUUGUAUUUGUUCGCUUUACUCAAAAAAAUGGAUAAAUGAAUGAAUAAAAAUGUUGGUGUAUUUCGUUCAUAACAUGAUGUAGGCCUAUGGACCAAUUACUGAUGGUAUUCAUGGUUUAUUUAAUGAAAAAUUUAUGUUUGUUGGAAAACAAAGUAUGAACACAGAAUAAUCUACUUUUUUAUUGUGACAAAAAUAACUUCUUGCUACAAAUCCACAGUGAUUGAAAAUUACAGAUUUUUUUGUUGAGAAUAGAACAAAAAAUUUUCAAAUUUAGAAAGUUUAAUAUUUCACAAAUUUACUGAAAUCUCUUGAUCUCUUAGCAUUUAGCCUCCUCUAGAAUCCCUGAUACUUGAUUGAGAACAAAUCCUUGUAAUAUAAAUAGAAUUAAGUGGAAAAUAUGGUAAUAAAUCUGUUUAAUGAUACACAAAACUGCCUAAAUCUUGAUGUCAUAAUAUCUGUUGGAUGUAAGUUACUAGUAAUAUUGUAACUUGAGCACUAGUACCAGAAAUUGAAAUUAUUACUUAUAUAGAGCCUGUUUAAUGGUUGAUAUAUAUACUGAUACCGACAAGAGUUGUGUGAAUAUUCUGAAUGUUAUUUAGAGGUUAAGCUCCCUUGUAGAAUAUUAAUCCAUUUGAAAGUAUAGACUCAACUUACCAUUGUGUACAUGUAUAUUACCCCAAGACCAUCGUAGCCUAACUAUUAUUUAGUGUGUACUCCUACUCUCUGAAAAAUGUGAAAGCCUUAAUAACUUGUAGUGGUUAGUAUACUUGAAAACUAUAGAUAAACGAAUAUCACUAAUAUUAAAAAGUUAAUUAUCAUCAAACAAAACUAUUGACCAUUUCGAAAAAAUGUAUGAAGCCUUUCAAACUAAUCUAUUGAAGUAAUAACAAACUUAUUAUAAAUAUUAUAUUUUUGACGAACCUACCUUCUAUGUUAAAUUGAUGUACCUAGAUGAAAGAUGAAAUGAAAACAUAUUUUCUAAGAAUUUCCAGUGUAAAAUAGAUGAAUUGGAAGACUCUAGUGAAUUAACGGACGUGUUGAAAAUUUAUAUGUUAUUAAUAGAUGUUGAAUAUAUUAUAUUAUUGUAUUGAUUAGAUGAGAUCCUGUAAAUUGUUUUUACUUUGUAUAUUGGAUGAAUAAUAUACUGUUUGAAAUGAAUAAACAUUUUUAUGUGAUCGAA